UCCGCCCCGCGGCCAAUGGGCUGGGCCCGGCGUCCGCGCGCACUCGCCCCGCGCCCCGCACCCCGCGCCCGCCGCGCCCGCCCAGCCGCCGUCGGAGCCGCCAUGCCGCCCGCGCUGCUGCCGCUGCUGCUGCUGCUCGUCGCCGCGCCCGCCGCCGCGCUCGCCUCCCGGCCGGGCCCCGGCUGCCCCGAGCGCUGCGACCCCGCGCGCUGCGCCCCCCCGCCCGCGUCCUGCGACGGCGGCCGCGUCCGGGACGCGUGCGGCUGCUGCGAGGUGUGCGGCGCGCCCGAGGGCGACGCGUGCGGCCUGCAGGACGGCCCGUGCGGCGAGGGGCUGCAGUGCGUGGUGCGCUUCGGGGUGCCCGCCUCGGCCACCGUGCGGCGCCGCGCCCAGGCCGGAGUGUGCGAGUGCGCCAGCGCCGAGCCGGUGUGCGGCAGCGACGCCCGCACCUACGCCAACCCCUGCCGGCUGCGGGCCGCCAGUCGCCGCGCCGAGAGGCUGCAGCAGCCGCCGGUCAUCGUGCUGCAGCGCGGCGCCUGCGGACAAGGACAGGACGACCCCAACAGUCUUCGCCACAGAUACAACUUCAUCGCCGACGUGGUAGAGAAGAUUGCGCCCGCUGUGGUUCACAUCGAAUUGUUUCGCAAGCUUCCUUUUACUAAGAGGGAGGUGCCGGUGGCCAGUGGGUCUGGAUUCAUCGUGUCCGAAGAUGGACUGAUUGUGACCAAUGCCCAUGUAGUGACCAACAAGCACAGAGUCAAAGUCGAGUUGAAGAACGGCGCCACCUAUGAAGCCAAGAUCAAGGAUGUGGAUGAGAAGGCAGACAUCGCGCUUAUCAAAAUCGACCACCAGGGAAAGCUACCGGUGCUGCUACUAGGUCGUUCCUCAGAGCUGCGGCCCGGGGAGUUUGUGGUGGCCAUCGGGAGCCCCUUCUCGCUGCAGAACACGGUCACCACGGGCAUUGUCAGCACCACACAGCGCGGCGGCAAGGAGCUGGGGCUGCGCAACUCGGACAUGGACUACAUCCAGACGGACGCCAUCAUCAACUACGGAAACUCUGGAGGCCCAUUAGUAAACCUGGAUGGUGAAGUGAUUGGCAUCAACACCCUGAAGGUCACAGCGGGAAUCUCCUUUGCCAUCCCGUCUGAUAAGAUCAAAAAGUUCCUCACCGAGUCCCAUGACCGACAGGCCAAAGGCAAGGCCAUCACCAAAAAGAAGUACAUUGGCAUCCGGAUGAUGUCGCUCACAUCCAGCAAAGCCCAGGAGCUGAAGGACCGCUACCGAGACUUCCCGGAUGUGCUCUUGGGAGCAUUUAUCAUCGAAGUCAUCCCUGACACCCCAGCCGAAGCCGGGGGGCUCAAGGAGAACGACGUCAUCAUCAGCAUCAACGGACAGUCGGUGGUCUCUGCCAAUGACGUCAGUGACGUGAUUAGGAAAGAGAGUACCCUGAACAUGGUAGUCCGCCGGGGCAAUGAAGACGUGAUGAUCACGGUGAUCCCGGAAGACAUCGACCCGUAGGCAGAGGGAGGAGCUGGACUUCGUGUUUCCCUCACAGACUCCAGUGGACCACGCGUGGUGACUCUGAGCUGAUGGCAGCACAGACACCCGAGACUCUUGGCCGCCAUCUUGCUCGCUCCCCAGAAGCAGCCCAGCCAGCAGAAGCCUUCUUGGUAGUUUGCAGACAAAACCAGUGUAAUAUUGUAGAGCCCUAAGCAGAAGCCGAACCCUUCUGUCACCUAUGUAUGCAGUGUGCUUUUUUUCCUUGCCAGCUUGACUGUGUCUGCUUGGACAGUCAGUAGUUGUCGCCUCCUUUAACCAAGUCACCAUCUUAGUCCAACGAAAGCAGUGGAUAUCAGGCGUAGAUAAGGGGAUGGUUCCUCGGGGGCCACACUGUGUUUGUGCUUUCCCUUGGAGGCCGCGGGUGAGUGAAUGCUGGCUUCCAGGAUGGCCGAAGCUGUCUCUUUCAGAAAUCUCUUUGGGCCUGGGGAGCACAUUGGUUUUGAAUUGAGGCUAUUAAAAUUUGUCUUCAUA